GUCACGUGAUUGGGGGCGUGUUUCAGGGUUUCUCGAGCACAACAAAUCCUCAGUCAGCACUCAAUCCUACUCAGGAUCACGAAGCUAGAGUCUGACAUUAAGAAGAAGAGAUUUGUUUUUGACGGAUGAACAGCAUCCGAAUGGCUCUGCCAGAUUCUCUAACAGAUGAGGAGUUGAUAAAAUUUCUUCACCAUAAGAAGACAGAGAUCUCCUCUUGUAUAGAGGAACCACUCACCUUCCUCAACCAGCUCCGAGACCAUGACCUAGUACCUGAGGAUCUCUACCAGAAGGUAAAAAAGAUGAAAAAUAAGGAGAGAAAGCAGGAAGGUGUGUAUGAGAUUUUGGACUGGGUAGAGAAGAAACAAGGACAGCAUGUGAAACUGUUUUGGAGUUGUGUGUUUCAGGAUCACAUCCUGCAGAAAUAUCCCAGACUCAGCGGGCUCAAAAAAAGGCUUUUUGAUGGUCCCUUUAGGAUUUCUGCAAGGCUUAGCAAGGCAGAGAAACCAACCAUUAAUACGGAAGUUGAGAGAAAGGAAAAGAAGCAAGAGCAAAGGAAGGGUGAAACAAAGAGAAAGAAAAGUGGUGAAGAGAUACAUGAGGAGGAACCAGGCCCUUCUUCUGUGUACACCCAAAAGAAACCAGCCAAGAAGCCCACACUCUCCCAACUUUUAGAGAAAGGGGAACUUCCUGUUACCUGCGGAGUGAAAAAAGGCACUUUGUAUCGAGACAAGCUUGCUAGAGGAAAGGAGUGUAUUUUGUCUGAGGGCGUCUGGUUCACCCCAGGUGAAUUUGAGAAAUUUUCAGGAAGGGGAAAUAGCAAGAACUGGAAACUCUCCAUCCGCUACAAAAAGACUACACUGCAUAAACUUAUACAGACGGGUAAAUUGCAGUGUCGAUAUAGGAAGGCCAGAAGAAAGUGAGAUUUCCUUUAAGCUGUGUGGAAAGCUCCAGUUUUCAUCAGUACACACAGGCCUUUAUUUUGUAGAAGUCCACUCACUGGUCCAACGACAAUAUCCAAUGACAUGGUGGAAGGAUUCCCGCGCUUUUCUGUCUUUUCGAAGCAAUGCGGAUACAUUUACAUUAUUACAUUUGAUAUUCCACUUCUGUUUGAAUCUGUCUUAAAUUAAAUCUGACUCCUAUUGUAAAAAAAAAAUCCUC